AUGGGUUGUGGUUCUUCAAAUUCUACUCAAUAAGCGGCAGAACCAGAAUAAAAAUAGAGAAGUGCUUCGCUUAAGUCUACUUCAACAUCAGAAAUAGAAGAUCUCAUUGGCAAGAAAAUUCCUAAAUUAUUGGUCUAGCCUGAGUCGAAACACAAGCAAACAAUGGACAAUGAGGAAUAAUUAAAGAUUGAGUCUCAGCUAGCUCCAACUUAGCCACCUCCGGAGGAAGUUGUCAGAGCUUAAAAAAAAUAGCAAAAAAAAUAUAGAGGUGGAGAUGAUGUAAAUCAUUAGAUCCAUGAAAAUGUUACAAGAAUUGAUAGAGAAAUGCAAUAAUCUGAUAUUGACUUGAUAAGAAAAAGCUUUAAAGGCCAUUUCGUAUUUUUUAGUCUGCCUGAAGAUUAAAUAGCUAAAUUAAUAGAACAUAUGUUUUACUGCACUUUAAAAGCUAAUUAAUUUAUUUUUAAAUAAGGAGAUCAAGCUAGCUCUUAUUUUGUGAUCGAAAAAGGAUCUGUAGAAAUAAUAAUAAACGAUAGACAAAUUCGAACAUUAGCAGAAGGCAGUUAUUUCGGCGAAAUUGCACUUCUUUACAAUGCCACUCGAUCUGCUUCUAUCAGAACUCUAACAGAUUGUGGAUUUUGGUCUUUGGACCGUAGUACAUUCAAAAAAACAAUUGAGGAGUUGAUGUUAAAAGAAUAUGAUGAAAAUAGGAAAUUUAUUGAUGAAGUUCCAUUUUUCUCAUUUAUGACAUCAGAAUAAAAAGAUUCAAUUGCACAUGCCUUAAUCACAACAAAAUUUGCUCCAGGCUAGGCAAUAGUCAAUGAAGGAGAUUAGGCUGAUUCAUUUUAUGUGAUAAAGAGUGGUGAAGUAUCAGUUCUCAAAGGAACGAAGGAGAUAAGAAAGAUGGGUGCUAAGGAUAGUUUUGGAGAAUAAGCCUUAUAUGAAAAGUCUAAAAGAGGAGCUACAUGUGUUGCUGAAACAGAGGUUAAAUGUGUUGCCUUGGGCAGAGAAAACCUGACUAAGAUAUUGGGAGAUAAAGUCCAAAUUAUCAUUUUUAGUAAUAUAAUGAGAUGGAGUUUUGAGAAAAGUGAGGUUUUAAAAUAAUUAUCAAAAAUUUAACUCGAAAAAAUAGCUUAGAGAGCUAAGAUUGACAAUUAUAAGAAAGGUUAAGUUAUUGUAGAGGCUGGCAAAGCUUGCGAUAAAUUAAUUGUAGUUUUAGAGGGAGUGAUGACUAAUUCUAAAUAAGACUCAGUGCCAAAAGGUUUGUGUUUUGGAGAUUAAUUUUUAAUGAGAGAAAAAUAUGGAUAAAUAAUUGAUUCUGAAUAUGCUAUGGUUAGAGAUGGUGUAUUAGCUACUAUCUCAUAUUAAUCUCUCUUUGUCAUUUUUGGUGGAGAUUUAGAAACUGCAUUAAAGAAAAAUGAAAAUUCUCAUGAAAAGAAAAUUAAGUAAUUAGGAGAAAGAGCAGAUGCGUCUCACAUCUCAGUUGAAGAUUUAGUUUAUAUUAAAAAAUUAGGAGAAGGACAAUUUGGUAUGGUCUAUUUGGUUAAGCAUAAAUCUAUUAAUAAAGUUUUUGCUCUUAAAUCUGUUAGCAAAGCUUCAAUAAUUGAAUAAAAUCUAGAAAAGCAUAUACUGCAAGAAAAGACUGUAUUGGAACAAUGUAAUUUUCCUUUUAUCAUGGGCUUUAUUAGAACAUUUAAGGAUGACAUUUCUAUCUACUUUUUAGUAGAAUAUAUCAGAGGAAUGGAAUUGUUUGAUGUAAUUAGAGACAUGGGCCUUUUAACAAAGUACGAUACUUAAUUCUAUGUGGCUACGAUGAUAUUAGCAUUAGAAUAUCUACAUUCCAAAUCAAUAGUAUAUAGAGACUUAAAACCAGAAAAUAUUAUGGUAAAUGAUGCUGGUUACAUGUACCUAAUUGAUUUGGGAACUGCAAAACCAUUAAUUAAAUCCAGAGCUUACAGAACUUAUACAAUUAUUGGAACUCCUCAUUAUAUGGCCCCAGAGAUUAUACUUGGCAAGGGAUACUCAUUUAAUGUAGAUCUAUGGAGUAUGGGUAUUUGUAUGUAUGAAUUUAUGUGUGGAGGAGUUCCUUAUGCAGAAGAAUAAGAUGACCCUUAUGAAAUUUAUGAAGAGAUAAUGAAUACUCAAUUAAAAUUUCCUACUUUUAUUAGAGAUAGAUAGGCUAAGAAAUUUAUGGAAUAAUUACUCAGUAAACAACCAGAAACGAGAUUAGGAUCAUCAUUUUCUGCUUUAAAAGCUAAUCCAUGGUUUGAUGAUUUUGAUUUUGAUAAAUUGUUCAGCAGAGAAUUAUAAAAAGUUCCUUAUGUUCCUCCUAAAGAUAGAAUGAUCUCAGAACAUGAUAUUGAGAAGAAAUUCUAACAAGGAAAGCCAGUUGUUCAAGAAAUCAAAUAAGAACAAUCAAUGCAAAAACAAAAGUACAGAAAGGAAUUAGCCAAAGAUCCUAAUUGGGACAAAGAUUUCUGAUCAUUUUCUUAUUCCAUUUUUUGACCAAAAUAAUUAUGUCCAAAUAUUAUCAU